UUGGUGGUAGCAGGAGUUUGGCCAGAGUCAGAGAGCUUUAGUGAUGAAGGUCUCGGACCUGUGCCUGCAAGGUGGAAAGGAGUAUGCCAGAAUGCGACCGAUGUGAAUGGUGUUAAAUGCAACAGAAAGCUGAUCGGCGCACGCUACUUUGACAAGGGCUACGUCAACGGCGCCGGUGAGCACCCAAAGGACGGCAGGUCUGCUCGAGAUUCGGAAGGUCAUGGCACUCACACCGCGUCUACAGCUGCAGGCAGCUUCGUGCCGAACGCGAGCAUAUUCGGCGCGGCUAACGGAACGGCGAAGGGCGGCUCUCCAAGGGCUCGUCUCGCGACCUACAAGGUCUGCUGGGAUCGCCAGUGUUUUGAUGCUGACAUAUUGGCUGCUUUCGACUCUGCGAUCAGGGACGGCGUCGACGUCAUCACCCUUUCGCUCGGCGGCUCACCUCAUGACUACUUCAACGACGCCAUCGCAAUCGGCUCGUUCCACGCCGUCAGCCGAAGGAUCACGGUGGUCGCCUCCGCCGGCAACGAUGGCCCGAUGCUGCAGUCAGUGUCUAAUGUGGCUCCGUGGUUGAUUACCGUUGCUGCUAGCACCUUGGACAGGGAGUUCGUUUCUUAUCUUUCUCUUGGCAACAAUAAGACUCUUCGGGGAGCAAGCCUUUCUUCUUCAAGUUCAUUGGCGAAAAAAUUAUAUCCAUUGGCGAAAGGAGCGGAUGUCAGAGCUGCAAAUGCCAAGCCCUUCUCUGCAAACUACUGUCGAACAGGUACUCUUGAUCCCAAAAAGGUCAAGGGCAAGAUCAUAACUUGCCUCAGUGAUUCUGCUUAUGAAAAUAUACUGAAGGGCAUUGAAGUUAAAGAUGCUGGAGGUGUCGGGAUGAUUGUGUGUAACGACGAGUAUACAGGCAAUGUUGUCAAUCCUGAACCUUACGUUCUUCCAGCUACUCAGCUUAGGCUCAAUGAUUCCAAGGAGCUCUUCGCCUACAUUAAUUCUAGAAAGAUGGCAGUCGCAUAUGUAGGCCCUUCAAUUACAAAGCUGCGGACAACACCUGCUCCAGUAAUGGCCUUUUUCUCAUCACGAGGGUUCAACUCUAUCACGCCAGAUAUCCUCAAGCCUGAUAUUACAGCGCCAGGAGUGGAAAUCCUUGCGUCCUACAAUCCGUUGUUGUCGCCAUCAGAAUAUAACUUUGACAAGCGCCGGUCUAAUUUUACUCUACUGUCAGGUACAUCCAUGUCAUGCCCACAUGUUUCCGGCAUUGUUGGCCUCCUCAAGAAUGCUCACCCUGACUGGAGCCCAGCUGCAAUCAGGUCAGCAAUCAUGACUACAGCAAUCCAGCAGGACAACCUAAAGAAGCCAAUUACAAAUGGACCUAAAUCAGUGGCAACGCCAUUGGACUAUGGAUCUGGGCAUCUUCAUCCCAACGGGGCUUUGGAUCCUGGCCUGGUUUAUGACAUUAACGCGACAGAUUACCUCAACUUCCUGUGUGCUAUUGGUUAUAACAAGAAGAAGAUCUUCUUAGUUGCCGGAAGAUCUUACUCAUGUUCUGUACGUGUUCCAGAGGUUACAGACUUGAAUUAUCCUUCAAUCACCAUCUCCAAUCUCGAGGGAACAAAGACAAUUUCCAGAAUCGUGAAGAAUGUUGGGAAGCCCAGAACAUACACAGCCAGCAUCGACUCGCCACCAGAAAUUUUGGUUUCAGUGAGACCACAAAGUUUGAAAUUUGAGAGGAUCGGUGAAGAGAAGAAAUUCACAGUGACUGUCAAAACUAAGAAAGGUUCUCCUCAUGGUUUUGUGUUUGGGUGGUUGAAUUGGUCGGAUGGUGUGCACCAUGUUAGAAGCCCGAUUUCGGUUGGAAUCGGUCCAAUCUGAAACAACAUAACAGCUUGUUCCA